GUCAGCAGCCCGGAGCCCAGACCCUGUCGUGGAGCCUGCACAAUCAAUCCUGACUGAAGCGGAGGGACGAAGUGCAAUCCACCCAGGGCGCAGCUGAGUUUUGAGAGGCAUUAAUUCCUUGGCGUCCACCAAGGGACCACUGGGACUAAUUCUCAUGGCAAACUUGUGGCCAGCCCAAACUACCAGGCUCCACAUUCCGGUUGUGCUUGGUUAUCGCCCAAGAUCGGCUUCCACAAGAGAUGAAAUGUGGUCCGAAGGACGCUAUGACUACGAGCGACUUCCGAGAGAUCGAGUGCCUCCCCGGAGCCAUUCCAGUGAUGGCUACCAUAGAGUAGUUAAUGUUGUGCCAAAGAGACCACCUCUGCUAGACAAGAGACCGCCUCUGCUAGACAAGAGACCGCCCCUGCUAGCCAGACCAGAUGAAGGAGGCUACAAUAGAUAUUACAAUCAUGUUGAUUGCCGAGUAUGUGACGAGGGCCGCAGUUUUUCUCAUGAUCGAAGAAGUGGCCCAUCUCACAGAGGAGAUGAAUCUGGCUACAGAUGGUCAAGAGAUGAUCAUUCCACAAGCCGGCAGCCUGACUACAGGGACAUGAGAGAUGGCUUUAGAAGAAAAAGUUUCUAUUCUUCCCAUUAUUCAAGAGAUCGGUCUCCCCAUAAAAGGGACGCUUCAUUCUUCAGAGAGUCACCUGUAGGCCGGAAGGACUCCCCACACAGCAGAUCGGGCUCCAGUGUCAGCAGUAGAAGCUACUCUCCGGAGCGAAGCAGAGCUCACUCCUUCCAUCAGUCUCAGCAUAGAAAGUCCUCGCGUGUCGGUGCUUCCUACAAACGACAGAAUGAAGCAAUUCGAGGAAGAGGUAAAGAGAGAUCCAUCCAGUCUUUGAAAACAUCAAGAGAUACUUCACCCUCAAGUUCAUCAGCAGUAUCUUCAUCCAAGGUGUUAGACAAACCCAGCAGGCUAACUGAGAAGGAACUUGCUGAGGCUGAAAGCAAGUGGGCUAAUGAAACACUGGAGAAGUCAGAUGAAAAUAACUUGGCUGAAAUUUCUGAGUUUGAGGCGGGAUCCACAGCACCCUUAUUUAUUGACCAGACAGAAGAACCUGAGUCAAACACAACAGAUGGCACAGAAAUGUAUGAAGACAGCCAUCUUAGCAGACGCUCUAAAGCCAUUGCAUUGAAAACCAAAGAGAUUGAGCAGGUUUACCGGCAAGACUGUGAGACUUUCGGGAUGGUGGUGAAAAUGCUGAUUGAAAAAGAUCCCUCGUUAGAAAAGUCUAUCCAGUUUGCACUGAGGCAGAACUUACAUGAAAUCGGUGAGCGCUGUGUUGAAGAACUCAAGCAUUUCAUUACUGAGUAUGACAAUUCUACUCAAGAUUUUGGAGACCCUUUUUAGAAAAAGUAGUGCCCAGGUCAAAAAAAUUUUUAGGCUUUUCCCUCUUGGAUUGUGUAAAUCCUUACUUACUAUUUUGUGAUGAAGAGAAAUACUUUAUGCUAGCCAAGCACAUUUCUAGUAUUAAAUAAACAGCUACAAUAGCUUUGAAAGUAUCUUAAUUAGAAUGUUCCCCUGUGUGUAGAAUACUCUAUUCAUCUUUAUACACUUCCUCCCUCCAAAAAUAAUGUUCAGUUUUAAUGUUCCAAAAAAAGCAGUUCUGGAGAGCAGCUUUCUGUAUUUAGCUCAUGUUCCACAGCCUUCCUCGACGUUUUAAGGUAAUCUUGUUACCCUGUAAAGCUUGUCUUUGUAUUCAGAUGUUGAUUUCAGCAGAGUGCUGAGUUCUGUUGAGACUUUGGUAUUGUCAUUCUAAUUGUUCAACCUUCUUCAUAGUUUGUAGACAUCUUCUCUAUCGCUUUCUGAUUGGUUUAAUAAAGCACUGAUGCCCUCUAGGUCAGGAGAGGAAUGCAGGACAUCAGGGCAGAGAUAGUAACUAUGAGAAGGCUUUGUGCAGAGAAUUUGCCACCCAGACACCAAGGAAGUCUGACUUUUAGGGACUGAAUGAGAGAUAAUGGACUACGUUAAUUAAGUUAGAGGAGCUAGCUGGGAACAAGACUAAGCUGUAAGGCCUAGGCGUUCAUAAAUAGUAAAAGUCUCUGUGUCAUUGUGCGGAGCUGGUGGAUUGAAACAGUCUGAUGAUGGUGAUCAUUUGGUCUCAGGAGUUUAAUUUGAUCAUUCCAGGUUGCAUACAAUAGUGGCACUGUUAGCGUUUGAGUUGGUGACGUCAAAACAUGCCGUCUUAAUGAAUUAAAACUUUGCUAUCGUAUGAUAUUUGCUUUGAGAAUUUAAAAAAGCACUUGAAAAUCUGUAAGGAUCUGUUAGAACAAAAUCUCCUUCCCAAGUCAGUGAACUUAGUUCAUCUCUUCUAUGAAGUGCUCUGGAGGCGCCUCACUGUUCUCUAGACAAUAUUAUAGACUGACAGGAGGGGCAAUCUGAGAUGCAGGAUAAAUUUUAAGUUGACGGCUCAGCAACCCUUCUCGUGGGUGUAAUGAAAGAGUAGAAUAUACAGAGCACUUACAUUUUGUUUUAGGCCCUCACUGUAUCACAGAGGGGACCUGACACGGCACUCAUGCUCGUGAUUAAGUUACAGAUGACACUGUUAACCUCCAUGAUCUCAGUUCUGUGGGCCUAGAGGGUCUCACUCUUCACAAGUGUCCUCAGAGAAACAGGCCAGCACAGCCACCAGCAUGUCGUGAGUGAGUGAGGAGACAGUCAGGGUCUUUUGCUCACUUCCUGGUCCCUCCCAGUAGUUCAUUGAGGCAAAAUACAUAAUUUGUGACAUUAGGCACCUUUAAAAUCACUGUUUUAAUUUUUUUUUUUUUUUAAGUCAGGGUCUUACAGUAUAGCCCUAGCUAGCCUGAAAAUCUCUGUAGACCAGGCUAGCCUUAAACUCACAGAAAUCUUCCUGCCUUUACCUCUUGCACGCUGAUGUUAAACCCAUGUGCUACCAUGCUCAGGAUCCUGUUUGGUUUUUGGGGGGUGGGGUAUUUUUUUGGUUUGUUUUCAUUUUCAUUCAGUUCUAUCCUUUUUUACUUUUGUGUUCGAGACAGGGUCUUGCUGUGUAUCCUGGCUGGCUCCAAACUUUCCUGCCCUGACCUUUAACUCUUGGGAUUUCUGCCUCAGCUUUCCUGAGGUACAGGUGUGAGCCUCAAUGCUUGCCAUUAUGUCUGGUGGCCUCUCUGAUCCUGUCUGCAGAGAUACCCCUAAAUCACAUACAGUAAAGUAGAAAUAGCAGUAUGAUUAAUCUUAAUGAGCCCUACAGUGGAUGUAUGAAGAUCUGUAUUAUGCAAUUUUAAAAAUUUAAAACUAAUUGGGGACUUUUUUUUUUUUUUAGUUCUCUAAGUGAGAAUGCUUGGAGUUACUUUUGGCCUUGAGAUUCUGUCCAUCCCUUUUAUAGGCAUAUUCCUCUUCAGUGCGUGCCGUGGUCAAUGCUGGUCACUUCAGUAAGACCACGUGCUAUUUUCCUUUUUUUCCCACUAAUUCUCAGGUCUUUCAAUCAAGUUGUUAACAAGCAUAACUAUAAAAUUUGAGAAGCUACCAAGGCAAAUAAAUUGUUCAUUGGUAGAAAUUUAAAAGAAGAGAACUUACUAAUAAAUAGUUUAAGUGAUGGUCCAGCCAGUAAUCCUGUUCCCUCCAGUCACACUCAACAUUGGAAGCUAGUUCCAGCUUGCUGAUGUCAGCGUUGUUCUGCUAGGCUCGACAGUGUUAAAUGUUUUGUUUAUCUUUGUCUUGUAACAUGGCUUUUAACAUCUAAAAUUCAUGUGAACUAGAAUAUGUAUUUUAUAAAAUGUUUUUGAUUCUAUAGAGACCUGUUUGUAAAUUAUCCAUUGAUUUUCAUUAUACCUAACUCAUGUGAUAAGUAUUCAUUGUCUCACCAUUUGAUUCUGUAGAGACAUGUUUGUAUAUUAUCCAUUAUUUUUCAUUAUACCUAACUUGCCGGUAAGUUUUCAUUGUGUCACCAUAAGGCCUUGAUCAUUAUAGGGGAAGCAGAUACUGUAAAUGCAAAAUAAAAUAUCCAAUACUAAGCAAUGAA